UUCAUAAAGAAAGUCGUCGCAAAGUGUCAUGCAAAAUUUAAUCGAACUGACUAAUUCUUUGUGCAGGUUCACCCACGAAAUCAAGAAGUGUUUAAAUAGGGAUAAAAUAAUAUCUGAUAUUUCGAUGUCCUGAUUCAUUACUGGACUUGGGCAUUAACAUUAUUCCGUAAUGUCUGCGGUGGGAGAGCGGAUCGUUAAGACACAGUAUGAGCCGAAGUCACAAAGUUGUUUCCAAAUAUUCGGAGCUACUUCUAUUACAAGUUCGUAGUUAAUUUUUACCAAGUUAUAUUCAGAGGCUGCUUCCUAAACAUUAAUCAAAGGUCAGUUCAUACGUAACAAACGAAAAUAACGUUUUGUGCUAAUUACAUGCAAUCUUUAUUAAUUUUACGUUGAACGUUUGCAGUAUAUUGCAUUACUAAACAAUUCAUUUGAAUAAACAAUUGCUGCAUGCCUUUUAUACUGCAGUAACACCUUAAACAUCAUACCGAGCUGGAAGAAAACUGACGGUGUAUUCUCAUAACAAUUCUUACUUUUAUGAAGGAAUGAUAGACGAAACAUGGAUACACUUAUAGUUAUUUUUGGACUAACGUUUUGUUCAUUAUACGGUAUGAAAUUGGAGGUUGAUAAGAACACAUUGCAAGAGUAUUCAGCGUUGACUAUCAAUUGCACAAUAGACAAAGCACCGCCAUAUCUACUUCUGAUUCAAAGUCAAGCAAAAUUCACGAAUGACGGGAAGAAUAACUGUAAUGUUACAUUCUAUCCUAACUCUAUACUAUCCCAUUGUGAUUGUGUCAGUGACAUAUUACUUUCGUGCGUCAGCAAACGAUUGAAUCGAACGAAUCACGGAGAUGUUCUCGAAUACGGGGUUUUCAAAACAGAAAUAAAAGCUAUCAUAAUAAUCAACAUAACAGUACCUGUCGAGUAUGCAAAACUACAGGAAGAUACUCCUGACAGAUUGACCGUAGAUGAAGGCAACACGGCGUUUCUAGUCUGCCAAGCUUUGUAUGGUAUUCCUGCAGCCAACAUCACAUGGUUUGUGGAUAACAAAAUCCUUUCUCAGACCGAUAAUAGCUUGUCUACUUCAUAUAAUAUAAGUGAACGAAUUAAGGAAGAACCUGACCGCACGUUAACGGUUAUAAGCAGUUUGACUCUAAAAGUUAACAGAUCCCACAACAAAUUGUCGAGCUAUUGCACGGCCAGCAAUGUGAACUACGAAAACAAAACCAGUAGGAUGAUUCAACUCAAUGUAAGAUUUAAACCGACGACAGGGAUUUUGAUAAGCGGUGAUGGAAACUUUUAUAUGAUCCAAAACUCACCAACAAAACAGAGACUUGAAUGCUUUGUGAAAGGCGGUAAUCCAUACGCAAUGUUGCAUUGGUCUUGCUAUGACGGAAACCAGACAACGUUCAACGACUCUAUGGGUGCAAAUAGUACGAUUAUGUGGGAAGCAGAUUUUCACAACGAUUCAAUUUGCAACUGUUCCGCAUCGCACGUUCUUGGAUGGUCAAGAGUUAAAGAAGUGUAUGUCCAUGCACUAUAUCCACCAUAUGAACCAACAUGCGAAAUUGGAAUGGCAACUGUGAGAUCCGGAUCGGUGAAUAUUUCUCUGGCAUCCAAAUUUACAAUGACAUGUAAAAGCGAUUCUAUGCCGGAACCAGGUACACUUAUAUGGACAUUACCGAGCGGCUAUUUCCUGAAUGGAUCGACACUACAUUUACCUUUUGUACACAUCGAUGACAGUGGGAUAUAUAACUUAUAUAUCGAAAACACCAUGUCGCCAAGCAUUGGAGCAACAGUAAACGGAAAAAAAAACGCUACGUUUAAUCUCAAUGUACAUUAUCAUCCAAAGAAUAUAUUGUUUCGUUUUGAUAACGAGUCCGGCAAUGUAAUAAACACCCGUCAUAUAAACGUUAUCAAGGGCGAGAUCGUUACUCUUGUCUGCGUAGCGGACGGCCACCCACCUCCAAUGUAUACAUGGACGGACAACAACGCUGGACAGUUUUAUACUCAAGCGUUUACCAACGAUUUAGAACUCGUCUGCAAUGCAUCUAAUACGCUUUUUCCGACUGGAUACGUAGCGAUUGAACAACAAAUAAUAACCAGCGCUAAACUUCAAGUGGAUGUUUUAUAUCCAACUACGCCUCCUGUUUUCCAAACUGAAACAUGUAAAAGCAAUAGUUUUGAAGAAGGAUGGUCCAUUAAAGUUCUUCGCGGUAAAAAAAUUAACAUUAACUGUUCUUCGAGCGGAAAUCCACCACCGUCUUAUUCCUGGUCAAACGGUUUACAGUCAAGUCAACUUUACAUACACAAUGUCUCAGAACGUCAUGCUGUUGAUUAUUUCUGCACUGCAAAUAAUAUCAUGGACGCUUCCUAUGGCAGGAGUAUUUCAUCGUCAAAUACGUCAAGAUUUCACCUCGAUGUUUUAUAUCCACCAAAGAUAACAAACUUUACGUCAAACGUUGAGGUACUUGAAGGUGUUAACGUCAGUUUAAUAUGUAACGCAACACCGGGGAACCCAAAUAUCACAUCAUAUUAUUGGACAACGACAAACCAGACUAAACAAAGGAUAUAUGAUCGAUACCUCUUCAUACAGAAUAUAUCCCGAACGGAAGAAGACGUUUACACUUGUUUGGUUCAAAAUAGUAUGGACCCGACUGGAUGUCAAGGCGUAAAUGGAAGCGAUACGGCAAGCAUCCAUGUGGAUGUCCAAUACGAGGCGUCAAUUAAAUCAUUUGCAGUUCUGAACACUACAGUCUAUCACAGCGAUAGCCUAAGCUUAGCUUGUGAUGUGGAUAGUGACCCACCUGCUAAUAUAACAAUAGUAUCACCUACUGGAUCCACCCUGGCAUAUAUCGAAGGAAAUAGUCUGUUACAUUACAACAAGAGCAGCUCUUGCUUAACGGACAUUGGUCUGUUCACGUGUGUGUCUGCAAACAAGCACAAUCGUAUGACACCAGACAGAAGAAAUGUAACAGUGGAUGUCAAGUGCUCGCCUAGGUACCCGACUGACUACAACCAUAGUGCAACUAUCGAUACUAGACCUGGUGAAAAGGCAGUUCUUAAUUUCAGUGUAUUUUCAAACCCUCCGCCAACCCAGUUUACAUGGACAAACAUUUCAAACAGUAUGCAAAUUCCAGUAAGCUCAACAGCAGCUGACAGAGUUUCAAUCAACUCAAUAGAUAACAUGUCAUCUUCGCUAAUUAUAACAAACGUAGAACCCUGGGACUUCGGCAAUUACUCUGUAAGGGUUGAGAACGAAGUUGGCAGCCUAAUCGAAACGUUUCACAUUAUUGCAGAAAACAAAUCAAUUCCAAAUGGCCCAUCCACUACAAGCAUAACACGGAAUGGUCUGCAAAAAACACACAAUAUUGGCGUUGUCGUAGGUGGUUCUGUUGGUGCAGUGUCUGGUGUUGUUCUCACUUUAGUUGUUGUUAUUAUUGUAUUUUAUACCAGGAGGAAAAAACAUAAAGGAACACCACAACAUGACAAUAACAAAUUGCAACUCUUACAAGAUACCCGUCAUAAAAGUGAAAAGACGGAAAUGGAAAGUUUCACCCAUGUUUUACCAAUCAAUGAUGAAAGUUCCAAGUAUGAAGAAGAAAAGAACAUAUAUGGAAACGUACAGACAAAGGAUGCAUCUGGAAAGUCUUUAGCAAUAAAAACACUACGGGAAACAGUACGAACGCUGAAACUAGACCCUGUUCCUUUGUUUAAAGAAUUUUACACAUUGCAAAUGGGUCUACAAUACAACACGAAAGACGCACUGAAGCCAAACAAUGUCGCAAAAAAUAGAUACAGAAGUGUAUACCCCUACGAUGCAAGUAGAGUUGUCCUUCCCUGGUUAAGUGGGGACCCAGACUCCGAUUUCAUUAACGCAAGUUACAUUGAUGGAUACUGUAAACCCAGAAAAUAUAUAGCUGCCCAAGGACCACUCGAAAAUACAAUCAGCGAUACUUGGAGAAUGAUUCAUUCGGAAGACGUUAAAAUCAUUGUCAUGGUUACAAAUCUUCUUGAAACAGGAAAGAGAAAAUGUUUCAAAUAUUGGCCAGAUGACCGUGCUACUUACGGAAAGUGUUAUGUCAAGCUUGAUCAAGUUGAAGAGUUUGCUGACUUUGUUGUCAGGAAUCUUACAUAUAGCAUGGAAGGAUCACAAUUCGAACGACAACUGAUUCAGUUUCAUUACACGUCAUGGCCUGACAAAAAUGUACCAUCAACUGCUUUGUCUUUAGUGCAAUUUUGGAGGAAAGUUAGACAAAGCGUCUUCGUGGACAAAACACCCUGGAUGGUGCAUUGCAGCGCUGGUGUAGGAAGGACCGGGACUUUCAUUGCUUUAGACUACCUAUUUGAUCAAGGAAAGGUUGAUGGAAAACUGAAUAUUCCAGAAACUGUGAAUGUUCUUAGGGAGCAGCGAAUUAGCAUGGUGCAAACAAAAGAGCAGUAUCUGUAUCUGCAUGAAGCUAUCACAGAACUGCUAGACCCUGUUGGACAGAUUUUCACUCCUGGAAACAGUUUGAGGUUACGGUCAACUGCAACAGAAGAAAGAAAAUUGAAGAAAGAAUUCAAAGCAAUAACAACUUCGAUCGUAAACGUAAAGUCAGACUUUGAAGAAAACGACUACGAUUCAAGAAGGAUGCCGGACGGCCUAUUACCGGAAAACAUUUGCAAAUCAAUAGACAAAACCGUCAUUCCAGAUGACCUCUUCCGGCCAUUGAUUUCCACUGGAAAUGAUUUCAUUAACGCUGUUUUUAUUCCGACAUACAGAGAUGCCGAAAAGUAUAUUGUGACGCAAUAUCCGUUACAAAAUACUGUUCUUGACUUUGUUCGGCUUUUGUGGGACCACAGCAUUGAGGAUGUUGUUUUACUCGACGUCGGAGAUGAAAAGCUGCAUUGCUAUUGGCCCCAAAACAAAGGUCCCCUUUGUAUUGGACCUUUCCUCAUCAGUCUUUUAUCCGUGGAUGAGGAAAAGAACUGCACUAUUCGAAGAAUAGAUAUAUCGUUAGCCGAAAGGCGUCAAAACAAAGAAACGGUGGUACAUCAGUUCACAGCGUGGCCUGGAUAUUUGAAUCUCUGUGAACCGAAGCCAUUGACCGAAUUUCUUCAGACGAUCAGCAGGAUUGCAGGACCUGUCGUUGUACAAUGCCAUGAUGGGUACUCACGAAGUGGGGUUUUUGCGGCACUUUUGAGCAUUGUUGACCGAAUAAAGACCGACAAGGAAGUUGCAAUAGCAGACACGGUCAGGGUGGUCAAACACCGGCGUCAGGCAGCUAUUACUGAUGUGGAGCAGUACCAGUUUUGCCAUGAAGUGAUAUUUGAAUACCUUAAGGGCAGAGAGACUCAAACAGAAGAAAAAGAAAAUCAGGAGUAUAUUAACAUGACAUUUCCCAAGUUCCUAUAAAUCAGACUAUAACUAAUUUAAUAGGCAUUGCAAUACAUACAAGCUAUUCGUUGGACAAAGUGCAUACAUCUAUAGAGCUUAAAGAUAACCUGAAUAUUGAAGCUUUUUGCAAUUUAUUAAUUGUCUAGGUCGAUAGUCAUGCAAUCGUUGAGUGAGACCAUAUGUGAUAUCGGCAACGUAAAUAGACACAAGGACACGAAAUACGUGCUGUUUAUCAGAUAUUAAUGCACGAUGUCAUAAUCGAUUUCGCCGUUCAAGGUCACUUUGACUUCCUUGUUAGGAAAUUUUGUUUACAUGUAACGCAAUAAAUAUUGCGUGAUUAAAUAAUGUAUUUAUUGUUGUAUGACAUUUAUUAUGAUGUGCUUUGGUCCGCAUUUAAAUUAAUGACCCUUUUGCAAAAAUAUCUAACGUAUCUUGGAAGAGCAAAAAUAGACAAUCAACCAGGAAGAACCGACCUAAAUUUGAAUGUUUACCUUGACAUUUAAGUGUACAUGUGCCUCUUGCAUUGCUUUGUAAACCUGAUUCGAUGUAUUUGUUUAGUGUAGUCAUACGGAAGAUUUGUUGUAUGCACUAAAAGAGGAAGACAUCGGUUUGAACAGUUGUUUCAACUUUAAAUGAUGUUUUGUGUUUUGGUUCGCUGCCAGCCGACAUGCAUUGCUGUAUUUUAGCGUAGUUAUAAAGAUAAAUUAUUGCGAAGGUCUUGAGAUUGCUUCUGUUUGACUAUGUCAGGAAUAUUGUCUCAUUUGCUUCAUAUAUAUGGCUCAUUGAAAUAUAUUCCAUUUAAUAUAUCAAAUAUCCGGUCAUCUUAUGCCGGAAUAAGGAUAAUAUCGCACGUCGGACAUACAUGUUAAUGUCUUAUUGUACUAACGAAGGCCGAAACAAUCCUUCCCCAAUGAGAUAUCUAACAUAAGUAAAUAUGAUAUUUAUUAUACACAUGUAUAUGUAUUUGUCUCCGUCUUGCUAGCAUGAUUUGUGUUUAUACAGUUAGAAGUGUUUUAUUAAUUUUUGUGUUGCCAGCAAUGUGAAUACCUGUUUUGAUAACGUCAUUCACUAUCAUUCCUUGUAUAUAUAUAUAUAUAUAUAUAUAUAUAUAUUUGUAACCAAACUGACUGAAUGUGAUUGACUAUGUCUUCGUAUGACUCGUAAGUUGUGAAUCAUACCGAAAUAAAAGUAGCCAGCUAAAAGUAUUUUCAAUUUAAUAAUAAUAAUAAUAAUAAUAAUAAUAAUAAUAAUAAUAAUAAUAAUAAUAAUAAUAAUAAUUAUAAUAAUAAUAAUCAUAAUUAUGAUAAUAAUAAUAAUAAAAGAUAACGAACAACUAUCUGAUGGGUUUCACAAAUAUCUUACAUCAUACAAGGACAUUAUAUUUAUCUUUGUUCACUGUACAAUGCAAGAAACACCUUAUACCUUUUGUUCAAACCUAUAUUUGGUAAUGAUUUAAAGUAUGAAGUACCUAUGCGUUGGGACUGUAAUUUAUUACGUCUUUUGUAGGAAACAAAGACAUGGAAUUCCAACUGAAUCAAUCUGAUUUUAUCUUCCUGCUUUGUCAAUGUUUUUUAUUGUUUGAGCAUAAUGAUUUUUGUUAUGCUCUGAUGCAUUUGAAUAGGAUUUUAGUUUCAUAUCUUUUGUUAGCUCGGUGCAAUUCUAAUAUUUCCUGCAAAACUGUAUUAACUAUUUUUUAUAUCAACUAUUUGAUAUAGUUCUCCAAUUAUAAAUUGAUUUGUAAUAUAGUUUUGAGUGAUGUAAUCUGAAUAAACAAAACUUCCUCAUUGAAAUGUUUUCGUUCCUGUGCAAAACAAUAUUCUAUGAUAAUUAAGGGGCGGAAAAAUAAAUAAUAUCACUGUCUGUGUGCACGUUUCAGUUGUCUUCAUUUUAGGACUUUAAGACUGCUUAUACAUUUAAAAUGUUGUUAUCUAUUUCUCAAGUGCACAGUUUCAAACUUGAGUACGAUGACAUGCUGACAUUGCAACAAUUCUGUUCCAUGUGUUUACCUUAACCAGCCAUAUACUACCUACAAUAAACAAUGAGCGUAGGUUUGAUAUAAAGUAAGGAAGUUUAUAAACAUAAAAACAUAAUUUAUUGUUGCACCAGUUUAGAAUUUAAUUAAUACAUAACUUAAACACACGGGUGGAGAUUUGUCAUCGUCGAUUUUUUAAAGUCGAUUUUAUUGUUCAUCCUAAUAACAAGGUAUUAGUUUACAAGUUUUUUGAUAUUAUCUUCCUGCUUAGUUUUUGGGUGUUUUCCAAAUUUGCUAUGCUUUGUCAACAUUUGAAUAAAAUCUGCUUGUCAUAUCUUUUGUAAGCUUUGUGGAAUUUAAGUGAUUCGAGCAAUACUGUAUUAACUGUUCUAUUAUAUCUGCUAUUUGCUACAGAUUUCCUCCUAUAUAUCGAUUUGCAAUUUAGUAGUGCGUGUUGUAAUUUGAAUAAACAAAUCUUCCUUGUUGAAA